CUGAUCGACGGUGCUGGAGGUAGUGAGACUAGAGCGCUCCCGUCUUCUUUGUCGAGCCAGGAUCUUUUAGUUUUACAAUCAUCAAGUAGCACUAGCAGCACAUCGGCGUCAUCUACAGAGGAGGAGAAGAAGCCCAGUGGUCAAUUGGCAUUGCAGCUGCACAGUGCGGUGCGAGCAUCUGAGGAAACUAUAAAAAAGCUGCGACGAUCUGGCGUGAGAAAGCCAGAACAAAUAAACAUCAAGCGUAACAAAAACAUCGAAAAACUCGAAGAGUUUGCUUCUUUGGGUUCUAGUUCGACCACGCACACCACGAAAAACGACGUGCUCUUGAACGUACUAGUCUCCCGACGUCUAGGCAAGGGGCUUUUCUCAGACGAGCUAGAGGAGUACCCACCUCGAAAACUAUGGAAGCAUUGGCCCAAGCACUACUAUCAACGGGCAUGGGUAGAGCAUGCUGAAUUUACCGACUCCAUACAUGCUUGGAACUGGCUUGCUCUCCUGUGGAACACGCUGCGUGGGCCUUAUUACGUUUACGAUAGGUACAGGAACAGCUACAGCAAAGAGAGAAAGGAUCAUGCUGGCGAUGCUUUUGGAAUUGGUAAACCUUGCCACCGUUUUCGUCAUUGGGUUUUCAUCCAAGGAAGUCAUCGUGUUGAGCGAAAUAAAGCGUCAUCAUGGUAUCCUUUCUUUGUCGACAGACUCUUCAAAUUGCGGGACUAUCUAGAGCAUGGCGCGCUUCGAGAACAUUGGAUGCUUGCAUUGUCAGACUGCUGGUCGGAGCUAGGGCUCGUCGCUCAAAUGAAUGCACGAGAGCCAUCUGCGACUAAUUCCCCUGCUCGAGAACACGAUAUUGAGGCUGAAGCUAGUACUAUACCGGUCUCUGAGGGACGAGGUCCACUACUUAGUACUGGAGAACAGGAAACAGAAGCGCGCUCAUCACCUGCUUACCUCAAGUUGAUCAACGUAGUAGAGCACAAUGAGACUAGCCACGACCUGAGUUGGAACGUCGAACGUUGGGGCAUAGCAGACGUCAUGAUCUACCCAGAAGGCAGUAAUCGCAACAACAUCAUGUUCGCCUCAGCGUUUCUGCGUGGGCGAGGGAGCCGAGGAGGAGACUGGCGAGGCAAAGGGCCGUGGCAUCGAAGAACGAGGACAAGAGUUCAAAAGCAUCAAGGCGAGAAGCAGGAUGUUCGUGAAGAUGAGGCGCAUCCUCGAAACAGCCCUCCUGAGGCGCAAACAGGACAACGUGUGCGUGCAAUCGAGCUACUGCCACCGGAUCCACGAGGAAGCCCCGCAAGGGGCUAUCAUAUGGCUGGCGCUCUUGGGCUCGAUUAUCGAAUACUACCUUGGAAUGCGACGAGGUAUUCGCUGACUGCGAUCCAUGUGUCACCGCGCCGUGUCUGGGAAGAGAUAGUUGAUUUGUUGUUGGUUUUUUGAUUUCACACUAGGGGUUUCGGUUUGCGAGUUUCUUUGUUCUUCAAAGAGAAUAUCUUCUAUGCCGGGGAUCAGCUGAGCCAAACUCCUUGCGCUCGUCUGCCUUGACACACACUUGAUGGUUCUUAGAAUGGAUGGCUUUGAUGAUGCAGCCUUGUUCUUAUCGAUACAAACAAACGGAACACGACGUACUACGCCGGCAGAGAU